AUUCAGUGAAACUUAGUGCAGUUUGUGUGAAGACUUUUUUGACGAAGGGAUUUAUCUACCUAUUACCUACUAUUACUAUUACUACUGCUGCUACUACUGCUGCUGCUGCUGCUGCUGCUGCUCUCGACGAAAGAAAGAUAAUUCGAGGUCGUGUCGUGGGUGAUAAUAUACAUAUAUCCAUUCAUCCAUCCAUCCAUCCAUCCAUCUAUACACAUAGUACAUACAUAUAUUCAUACUUUAUAUUCAUACCUCACCGUCGAACACUCUACGCAUUUACACAUCUACCUAUCUACCAACCAACAAUCAAAACCUCACCACACCACCAAAACAACAACCACCACCAAAACCUCAAAACCACCACCAUGCCCUUCCACACCACCACCUCCUCCUCCUCCUCAUCCUCCUACUCAACCUACACCUCCACCUCCAGCAACUUCAGCCUCGGCAGCGGCAGCGGCAACGGCAACGACUCCCCCCGAGUAACAGGCCACCGCUGCGCCAAGACCUCGCAGACGGACCCCUCGGGCUACACGACCGUGCGAUCCGGAUACCAGAAUCUGGGCGAGGACCCGGUGCUCGAGGAGCGGCGGUACGAUUCGCGCGGCAGGGAGCAGGCGUUGCCGGCACCGGUGGCGCCGGGCGGGGAUUCCAUGGCGGGGGGCACGAGGAGGAUACAGGAUUUGGAGGAUGAGGAGGAGGAGGGGUUCUAAGCUAGGGAUUGAGUAAUAUUACUCAAGGACGGAGUUGAGGACUUCUUGUUUUGUGUUGGGUUUUGGGUAGGGGGUGUGGAUGGAUGGGUGGAUGGAUGGAUGGUUAUGGAGUGCUAUGUUUUGUUAUGAUGAGAUGAUGAUGAUGAAGGAAGGAUUUGGGUGGAAAAGCAAAGGGUUGAUGUAUGAUAGGGUAUCAUGUUUUAGGUUAUGGGAGUUUUGUUUUGUUUUGAGGGAAUGGAUGCUGAUUGGGUUUUGAUACUACUUGCGUUGAUGAGGGGAUGGGAUGAUUGUAAAUUGUAGAUGGUAUAGUAGAUGGGUGGUUGGGUAU